GUUAGUAUUCGUCCGUUCUGUUGUCACGUUCAUGUUAAAGGUAAAUGAAAUAUAGCACACUUUUCAGAUAAGGUCAUCGACUGAUAGCUAAGAUAUACGAUAAUGAUAAAGGUGUUGGUGAGUUUUAGGUCAUAUAUUGAUAACUUAAAUAUCUGUCACAGAUUUAAUUAACGGCGAAAAAAAAAUAGAAUUGUGAAUUAAAAAUGCCUUUCUCUGAUUUGUUUUCGAAUGAAAACUUGUGGUUUUCAAAUAAAAUUAGAUGGAGUAAUUUGACAACAGACGCCGAAAAGGGAGAAUAUUUUCCACAACCUAUAAAUUUGAUAUGGUCGAUACCAUUGGGACUUGUUCUGAUUUGUGCCCGUCGAUUUCUUCAAUCUACCAUUCUUCUCAAUCUUGGAUAUUACGUUGGGGUUCCAAAAACGAAACCUGUUUAUGUCCCGGAAUGUCCCGUACUCGAAAAAGCUUAUAAAACCGGUUGCCAGAACGACAAACGAGUUUUAGAGAACCUUUCUAAGCAGACGGACUUAUCUGUUCGGCAAAUUGAAAUAUGGUUCCGGAAAAGGGCGAAGAAAGAUGGUCUAACCGAUAUUCAACGAUUUACAGAAAGUUCAUGGCAUCUUUUGGUUCGAGGUUCUUCGUUUAUGAUUGGCUUGCUUUUCCUGUGGAACAAAGAGUGGUUCUGGGAAACAAAAUAUGCAUGGAUAGAUUGGCCUAACCAUCAUGUGUCACGUGACAUUUAUUGUUACUUCAUCUUUGAACUUUCAAUAUAUUGGCAUCUUAUUUUCAAUUUGUUAAUGGACUUUAAAAGGAAAGACUUCUGGCUUUCUGCAAUCCAUCAUUUUUGCACAAUAGUUCUCAUGUACUUUGGAUGGGUUCUAAAUUUUGUGAGAAUCGGUUCACUUGUCCUCUUAGUUCAUGACGCCUCCGAUCCAUGGGUAGACCUAGGAAAACUCCUGGUAUAUAGCAAAAGAAAACGGGCAUCUGAGAUUAUUUUUGUGAUUUUUAUCUUCGUUUGGAUGUCAACCAAAGACGGUAUAUACCCAUUUAUACUUCUCUACAGUACAACCUUUGAGGCACAAGUAUACCUACCGGUCACUAAGUACACUGUGAUAUUUUUCAAUUCAUUUCUAUACAUCCUAAUGAUAUUGCAUGUGAUGUGGACAUAUAUGAUAUUUGAGGUCAUUAUAAAUAAGCUGAGAUACGGUGAACUAAAAGACGUGCGUAGCGACGAGGAAUUAGAGAGUGAUGACCUUGAAACCCAAUCUUAAAACCUGAACAUUAUAUAUGAAGUAGAUAAAGAUAAAAUUAUUUUUGUUGGAAAUUUAGAGUGAAUGUUCAUUGUUUUCUAUAAACCCAUUGUUUUACUGUAUACACAAACACUCUUUUUAUUAAUUAACUGUAUAUACAUACUUAAAAAAACUCAUUUUCAAUACAAUUCGCAUGUAGUACAA